AUGUAUGUGCAGAUCAUCAAAGCCUGCAUUGUGAUUAUGAUCGUGCAUCUGGUUUGCACCUGGGGCAUUUGCAACCAUUCAUCCGACUUUGCUUUUCGUGGAGUGCCCGUGCACUCAGGUGCACUUGCGGUCAGCUUCUUGCAGGAGCUCUGUUGGGGGAGCUUGCGUCUUGGCUCCGGUUCGACAUUGAGCAGCUUUUCGUGGUUAGAUCCUAGCGAUCUGGAUCUAACUGACAUGGUCGCAAUUGCAACUACAGCCGGCGACCUGCAUGCGUGCUGCGUCUCAACGGCCAUGCUGCCAAUUCCAGGGAGACGCGCUGCUGUCAUCCCUGAAUCUGAUUCUGAACACGUUCAUCGGUAA